AUGCCAAAGAAGCAGGGAGACCGGAACAAAACAGAUCCAAAUCUGAAGUGGGGAGGAGACCAAGAAAGAGCCUUCCAGAAGUCAAAGGAACUGGUUCAGAGUGACACAGUGUUGACACACUGCGACCCACGUAAGCCUUUGUUGUUGCAAUGUGAUGCAAGUCCCUAUGGUCUAGGUGUAGUCCUCAGCCAUCCAGAUGGUGAUUUAUCCAAGAAACCAAAGGAAUAUCAAAUGCUGGUGCAUUUGUUUAGUGCCACGUCCUCUCCUAGCUGUGCAACAUUUGCCCUCAGUAGGACAGCUGACUACAACAAAGAUUCCUUCAAUCCUGAUGUUUGUCGGACAGUCAGAGACAACUUCUAUGUCGAUGACUGUCUCAAGUCUGCUGCUUCCAAAGACGAUGGCACAAGAGUGGUACAUGUAUCUCAGUUGAGAGAGCUUUUGCAGCGUGGUGGCUUCAGGCUGACUAAAUGGAUCAGUAACAACAUGGACGUCUUGUCAGGCUUGCCUCCAUCAGAAUGUGUUGCAUCUAUUGAAGAUCUAGGUUUAGAUCAUGACCACGUGCCUACAGAGAGGACACUGGGAGUCCUGUGGGAUGUAGAGACUGAUGCACUCCAAUUAACGGUUUCGACAAAGGACGAACCUCACACAAGUCGAGCCAUUCUUUCAGCCACAAGUUCACUUUAUGACCCACUUGGGUUUGUGGCCCCCUUCAUGUAA